AUGGAGCACUCGUCGUGUCUGAGACCACCAAGUUGGUCGCCCAAUACAUCCCCGCGGGCUCUAUAUUGCGUGGUUCACUUGGCUCUUUGUUCGCGCAGACUCUUGCGCACCCAGCGCGAAUUCUACGCGUACGUGCUGGUGUACUUUGGGGCUGUGUAUGUGUUCCAAACACUAUUUUACAACCAAGACACGGCCAGCAGCACCGCCGUAGUCUUUCAAAGUGUCAUCUUCGGCGCGGUGACGCCAUUGUUCGUGUGGCAUCUUCUCAUUGGCGACACAUACAAGUGUAGUAUUGGCGCGGCGUGGGCGAUCAAGCGUUUGACUUUGAUGGUCAUCAUUGCUUGGAGGCGAGGGAUGCAAGACAUCGUGUCCGUCCAGGGCCUCUACAUCGUCUUGGAACUGCACCGCAACGACAUCAUUGCAUUUGCUCAUUUGGAGCUUCGUCGUAAAAUUGGCAGCGGGGCGUCGGCCAACGUGUUCGGCGGAGUCCUGCACUCUGCCACGCCUGUAGUGGUCAUAGUAUACUUCCCCACUGAAAUCUCAGAGACCGUUAUGGUCGAGUUCUCGAUAGAAACCGCGCUAUGUGCGCCCUCAAGCAUCCCAACAUUUGCAGGCAGUAGCCCACCUCCACUCGUUAAUUCAUCGAGGCAUCAAGCCGGCCAACUUUUGCUCGGUUCCAACGACGUUGUCAACCUGACGGACUUUGGUGAACCGCGAAGCAUGGAAACCAAAACGUCCGGCUUGCACUGCAGCGACCGCAAGAUGACUCUCCGUGGUAACGUCCAGUACAUGCCCUGA